AUGAUUCGUAAAUUAUCAACAUUAUCACCAACUAUAAAUCAACAAUUAAAAUUACAAAAUCGUAUAUUAGAAACUAAAGGUUUUAUAAAAUCAAUUAGGAAUUCUAAAAAAAUAGGUUUUAUUGAUAUUUCAGAUGGUUCAUCUCCCAAAAAUUUAAAUAUUAUAUUGAAAGGUAAUUAUCCAAAAAAUUUUCAAAUUGGUCAAACUGUUUCAUUUAAAGGAGAUUGGGUUAAAUCUGGAAAAAGUCAAGAAUAUGAAUUACAUUUUGAUAUUGACAAUCCAAAUCAUCAAUUUAACAUUAUUGGUGAUAUACCAGAAGAUUAUCCAUUACAAAAGAAAUCAACAACUAUGCAAUUUUUAAGAACGUUACCAGUGCUAAGAAAUAGAACAUCUACUAUGUCAUCAAUGUUAAGAUUAAGAUCAUUAGUUGAGUUUAAAUUGAUGGAGUUUUUCAAUUCAGAAGAUGUUUUUAAAGUGACCCCUCCAAUUUUAACAAGUUCUGAUUGUGAAGGUGCUGGUGAAAUUUUCAAAAUUCAGGAUAGUUUAAAGUUUUUUGAAAAAGAUUCUUAUUUAACUGUGUCUACUCAGUUACAUUUAGAAGUUUUAUCAAGUGCAUUAAAUAGAGUAUGGACUUUAACACCAUGUUUUAGAGCCGAGAAGUCAAAUACUUCACGUCAUCUUAGUGAGUUUUGGAUGUUGGAGGUGGAAUUGGGUUAUCUAAAUGAAUUGGAACCUUUACUAAAGUUUACUGAAAGAAUGAUUCAUUAUAUUGUGACGAGUUUACAAACUUCAAAUUACAUUGAAGGGACAUAUAUAUCAAAAGAGUUGAUUGAGUCAAGAUGGAAUAUACUACUACAAGAAUAUCAAAUAAUGACUUAUACAGAUGCUAUAACUCAGCUACAAUCUCAAGGAGAAGUGGUUGAAUGGGGUGAUUCAUUACAAUUAAAACAUGAAAAAAUGUUAGCUUCAAAUGGUCCCGUAUUUAUCACCAAUUAUCCAGCUGUAACAAAACCUUUUUACAUGAAAGCAUAUAAUGCAAAGACAGUUGAAUGCUUUGAUUUACUACUUCCAGAUUUAGGUGAGUUGGUAGGUGGAUCUUUGAGAGAGCAUGAUUAUGAUAAGCUACUUCAAAAUAUGAAGGAUAAAAACUUGAAUAAUCAUAAUUUGGAUUGGUAUUUGAGUCUAAGGAAGAAUGGAACAAUGCCACAUGGUGGUUUUGGGCUUGGAUUUGAAAGGUUAAUUGGAUAUAUUGCUGGUUUAGAUAAUAUCAAAGAUGUUGUUCCAUUUCCAAGAUCAGCCGGUAGUUGCAAUUGCUAAUGUAAAUAAAUAACUGUAAAUAGAUAAAAUAGACAAAUUAGAAUACUUAGCGUUGCAAAGAUAUUAUUUAUUGAAGGGAUGAUAUUGGUCAUUCUUAAGAUUAGCUAUCGCAAGAUUGUAUAUACGCGAAAUUGUUUAUGUAUUUUUCAAUGCUAAAAAUUUGGUGCGACUAAAUACACAUAUUUCUCGCGCUAGCUUAAGGGCGACUCGUACUAAUAUCAUUGGCUUAUAUAUUCUGAACAACUCAUUCUCUCAAAUUAAUAACCAAUUUAUGAAAUCAAGAGCUACUAUUUGUGUAUCCACAUAGUUCAAAACCUUGAUCUCAAACAUUUUUUUUCAGUUGUCAUUUUGGCCCUUUUUCACAACACAAGAAUUUUUUAAAAUAUGUAAAUCUGUGUAUCUUUUUAACUAGGUCCAUAACUCUUAAUUAAACAACGAUAUAUAUAUUACUCUAUCAAAAAAGGUACUUGGCUUGUUUCUGUUUGAUUUCAUCUAAAAUUCAAAAAUUGCAAAAACUUUUCAUAAAUAUGGGAAUAUUGAAUAAAUCGACUUUACAAAAAAGCUAACAACACAAUCAAAAUCAUGACGACAGUAUAAUAAAAGUAUCAAUAUUUCUAGUUUCCCAUUUUGGUAUGUCCUGAUUUUUUUCUUUGUUGAGGGAUUUAAAAUAGAAAAUCAAUAUUUUAGAAGUUGGUUUGAAGAUUUUCAUGCUUAUCAUUAUAACCAGAUUGUUAACUUAAAUGCUAUAGAACAUUUAUUUGGUGAAAGUAAAUUUAAUGAUUCAGAAUUGAUUAAACUUGCUCAAAAACGUAUCAUUAAGCAAGGAACAGAUUCAGACAAAUUAACCAAAGGUGAUUAUCAUCAUCAUGAUAAAAAUAUUUUAAAAGCAUACAAAACCUGGAAAUCGUUUGGUUAUGAUGUUGUUUUAAUAAUAAUGAGUUUAUUAUGA